UGCCGGCGCGGAGCGGCGCCGGGGAAGGUGGCCUCAGGGCAGUCUUCGCGGCGGCAGCUACGUUUGAUCGUGUCACGCCCUUUGCAUAAUGUCUUCAAUCCCCGUUGCCUACGGGAGUAACUGGCCCUUCGAAUACAGACGUGACGCCUUGGGACAGAGCAGCCACUUUGUGAGCUGGUGGUAUGAGGUCAGAGGCACACAUCAAGGACGGAGCUGAACAAGAGAAGGAGCCUGUGUCCUUGAAGACCGCCUCAUUUGAUGUCAUUUUCCUCUUCCCCAGCCCCAGCCACGUCACUAGCCAUUCCUCUCACCGUGUGAUCUACAAUUCAGGCACUGACCUAUUAUCUUAUGCACAUCAAAUUCCCCCUGUGUCCAGAGUUUCUCAUUCUCCCUCUUCUGGAAAUUACUGAUUAUGUUCUGUUAAAGUGUUACUACUGCAUGUUUAAACUUUAAAAGAGGAUCAGCAGCAUCGUUCACAUAGCAAAAGAGUGAGGAAGUCUAAGUUUUGUUCUGGCUCUGCCAUUGACUGGCUUUAUGACCUUGGGCAGGUCCAAGAAGUUUCCUCAACUGUAAAAUGAGGGUAUUGGACAUGAUUUGAUUUCCAUCGCUUUUGUUCAAUGAAUCACUGAAGCCAUCUGUGAAAUCUUUUCAAGGGACAAGAAGAACCAUAAGGGAUUGAUAGUGCAAACCUCAACAAAAGUUUCUAGAAGGUUAAUCAAGACGCAGCCCAGAGUAGUGAGAACACAGGCAAUGCCAUAGCAAUGUGUGUGGGGGCAGUGGGGAGGACGGUGGUGGUAGUGAGCUCUGUCGCAGCGUCAGAGGCUGUCCUCUCUGGGUACCGAAGGAAGCAAAAGGUGAGCUAAAGUCCAAUGCCUGUCGUGCCAGUCCUCACUUCAGUGGGUUAUGGUAAGUGUUUUUGAUACUCAAUGCUAGGUAUCUAGAGCAGUCAUUCUUGGAGAACUCAGAUGAUGGGACAACUUGCACAGAGGUGCUGUCUUCAAGUUCUUAAAGGAGCACAUUGAACUGUUCAUUCUAAGUGUUACUGCGUGCACGGGACCAUGUGCUACAGUGUAACCCAUUAAAGUCACGUGUCUUUAGAUUAAACUGCAGGUUCCACUAUGGGUCGACUUGAUGGGAAAGUCAUUGUCCUGACUGCUGCUGCUCAGGGGAUUGGGCGAGCAGCUGCCUUAGCUUUUGCAAGAGAAGGUGCCAAAGUCAUAGCCACAGAUAUCAAUGAGUCAAAACUUCAGGAACUGGAAAAGUACCCGGGUAUUCAGAUUCGGGUCCUUGAUGUCACAAAGAAGAAACAAAUUGAUGAGUUUGCCAAUGAAGUUGAGAGACUUGAUGUUCUCUUUAAUGUUGCUGGUUUUGUCCAUCAUGGAACUGUCCUGGACUGUGAAGAGAAAGACUGGGACUUCUCGAUGAAUCUCAACGUCCGCAGCAUGUACCUGAUGAUCAAGGCAUUCCUUCCUAAGAUGCUUGCUCAGAAAUCUGGCAAUAUUAUCAACAUGUCCUCUGUGGCAUCCAGCAUCAAAGGAGUCGUGAACAGAUGCGUGUACAGCACAACCAAGGCAGCGGUGAUUGGCCUCACAAAGUCCGUGGCUGCAGAUUUCAUCCAGCAGGGUAUCAGGUGCAACUGUGUGUGCCCAGGAACGGUUGAUACCCCAUCUCUGCAAGAAAGAAUACAAGCCAGAGGAAAUCCUGAAGAGGCGCUGAAGGAUUUCAUGAAGAGACAAAAGACGGGAAGAUUUGCAACUGCAGAAGAAGUAGCCAUGCUCUGUGUGUAUUUGGCGUCUGAUGAAUCUGCCUACGUGACUGGAAACCCCGUCAUCAUUGAUGGAGGCUGGAGCUUGUGAUUUCAGCAACUCCUCGGUGGGAAGGAAGGCAGGCCCUUCCUCUCCACGGUGAACCUGGUUAUGAAGAAAACUCACCAAUCAUCUCUUUCUUAUUAAUGACAUAUUAAUGAAAACAAGCCCUUUUUGAUAAUGUCACUGUUCAUAAGAGUCUGAUUCUUUAAAUAUAUUUACCUCUUUGUAAUCUGUUCUGAAAUCAUUGUAAGUAAAUGAAAUAAAAAAUAUUGAACUCAU